UUCCCGACCCACACCCGAAACCCUCGCUUCUGUAUCUUCCGCAACGACGGGGUCGCGACCUCUGAAACUCCCAUCUUUCUCCUCCAUCUGAUUCACUAUUGCCAGAAACCAUUGAAGAAGUUUCUUAUGUUCUAUUGGGCAAAGUGUACUUUUAUAAGGUGAUGGAUAUGCCGCCAGAAACUCAGCAUUCUUCAGCUUAUCUAAGUCAACCACUUCUGUUCACAGAUUUUCAAACUUGCUAGCUACCCUUUUUCUAAUUUAAUGGAUAAGUCUUCUAGUCAUUCAUUACCCAUGCAAACAGAAAUUAUUGACAUUGGUUCCUCAGAUAGUGAUGGGGAUAUUGACUUCGAAUUUGACGGACUUUUUGAUGGAACAACUGCUCAGUCCAGAGAUCAUUCUGAAAGAUUUAUAGGCCAAAACCAUGGUAUGAGAGUACAAAAGCCUCCGAAUCACAGUAAUGGUUCCGCCUCAUCUGCUUCCGUAAGGAGCAGGCCUUUCUUAGGAACUUCUGGUGAAAUUCUUGGUAGGACUUUUGGAAACAAUUGUGCAGGUGAAAUCAGUAAUUUAUCUUCAGAAGGUGCAAUUCACGCUUCACAACCAAAGGAUCAUGCCUGGUUGACACACCAAAAUCCAUACAGCGGCAGUAUAAGCAAUGGGAAAUUUGAUGCAAGCCAUAUUUCUGGUCGGAGCACUGAAGCUGGAGUUUCACAGACAUCAAAGCGUAUCCUUCCAUCCUCUUUGCAAAAACCGACAUCGGGAACUGUAUCUGUACCCAGCACAGGUGUCCAUGGGAAGGCUUUGUUUCCUCCACAGAAAAAACCCAUGCAAGAUGAAAAGAAUAGAUGGUCUCAGGAAGGUAUGGAUGAUGAUGCUCAUAAUCAUAGUAGAAUUGAAACAGCUCAUGGUUUUGGUGAGUCACAAAUGCCUAGUUCCACAUAUGUGGAGGAUCUUGGUGAAAUAAUGGGCAAAAAUCUUGCCCAUGAAAGGGAAAAGAGAGCUUUGCCUUUUCAUUGGAUUGAUAAAACUGCUAGCAAUAAUCAGUUGAAUGCUUCAAUGCAUAGCAAGGGUACAGUUCGACCUCCAAAUUUUGGUGCAAGACCUUCCUAUCCUGUGUCACCAAGUAAUGUUGAUAAUAUGCAUAAAUUCUCAGAUGCACAUUUCAGGAAUGAGAGAUUAAUUUCUACAUCGAGAGGUUUAUAUAAAGUUAGAGAUAAUGUUUUUGUGCAUGAAAAUGAACCUGCAACUAGGAUUUUGCCUCAAUAUCCUGGAAAAUCUUUUGGCAAUGUCAGACUGUCUGGCUCAGAUGGAGGAAAUUUUUCUGGCUCUAGUGAGCAUUGUCACGGACAUGAUGAAAGACCAAUCUAUCAAGAGGCUUUGCAGAAUCUUGGCCAGCCAAAACUAGAAGAAGAUCUACCGGAGGGGCUUUUAACUGUGUCUCUAUUAAAGCAUCAGAAAAUAGCGUUGGCUUGGAUGGUUCAUAAAGAAAAGAGCGUGCACUGUGCUGGUGGGAUACUUGCUGAUGAUCAGGGUCUUGGUAAGACGAUUUCAAUGAUAGCCCUCAUACUUAAGCAGCAGAGUUUCCAGACUGAAUUCAUGUCAGAUUCUUCACCACUUAUUAGACCCGACGCCUUAAAUUUAGAUGAUGAUGAGUGUAACAAUGCGGUUGAUGUGAAAGACAUUGGAAAGGAUGAUCUUUUUAGGAAGCAGAUGGCUAGUACUUCUGGGAAUCGCAGACCUGCUGCUGGAACUUUGGUAGUUUGUCCAGCUAGUAUUUUAAGACAGUGGGCUUGUGAGCUAGAAGAAAAGGUAUCAAGUUGUGCAAAGCUCUCUGUUCUAGUCUAUCAUGGAGGUGCACGGACGAAAGAUCCUCAAGAAUUGGCUAAACACGAUAUUGUUCUUACAACAUAUUCCAUUGUAACUAAUGAAGUUCCAAGGCAGCCUUUGGUUGAUGAUGAUGAUGAUGAAAAUGACCAAAAAAAUAUGGAGAAGUAUGGACUAUCUUCAGAAUUUGCAGCCAGCAAGAAAAGGAAGCAGACAUCCAAUGCAGGAAGAAAGGGAAAGAAAAAAGGUAAAGGACUUGGAGAUUCCCAGCUUGAUUAUGUUAGUGGCUCCCUUGCUAGAGUACGGUGGUUUAGGGUGAUACUUGAUGAAGCUCAAACGAUUAAGAAUCACAGAACUCAAGUAGCUAGAGCUUGUUGUGGACUUCGAGCUAAAAGAAGGUGGUGCUUAUCUGGAACGCCUAUGCAGAAUUCAAUUGAUGAUUUAUACAGCUACUUCAGAUUCCUGAAGUAUGAUCCUUAUGCUGUCUUUAAGUCCUUCUGCAACUCCAUAAAAUAUCCUAUAUCAAGAAAUGCAAGCCAGGGAUACAAAAAACUUCAAGCUGUUUUGAGAGUUGUUUUGCUUCGGCGCACAAAAGACACCCGAAUUAAUGGGGAGGCGAUUAUUAAGUUACCUCCAAAAUCAAUAUGCUUAAAGGAGGUGGAUUUUUCUCAUGAGGAGCGAGCAUUCUACAUGAAGCUAGAAGCAGAUUCAAGACAACAAUUCAAGGCAUAUGCUGCUGCUGGCACCCUCAAACAAAAUUAUGCAAAUAUUUUGUUGAUGCUUUUGCGACUCCGUCAGGCUUGUGGCCAUCCAGUUCUUGUCAAAGGAUAUUAUUCAGAAGCUCUUGCAAGAGAUUCUAUAGAAAUGGCAAGGCAGCUGCCCAAAGAUAUGUUAUUAAGUUUACUUUAUCAAUUGGAAGCAUCCUCAACAAUUUGUCCCGUAUGCAGUGAUACUCCUGAGGAUCCUGUUGUAACUAUGUGCAGUCAUGUUUUCUGCUAUCAGUGUGUAUCUGACCGUUUAAGUGGUGAUGAUAAUUUGUGCCCUGCAGCUGGUUGCAAAGAAACAAUCGGUACUGAUUUAGUUUUCUCUAAAGCUACUUUGAGAAACUGUAUUUGUGAUGAACUUGAUGAAAAUGCUGCCUCAAGUUCGUCAACUCGAGGUGAGGAAUCUUCCAUCGUGCAUUCUGGCUAUGUUUCUUCCAAAAUCAAGGCUGCUGUGGAUAUCCUGAGUUCCCUUUCAAGUGAAAGUUAUCUCACCAAUAUAGCUCGAGAAAGUGAAGAUGAUUGGAAUUCUUUUAUCCCAGUGAAAGCUAUUGUUUUUUCUCAGUGGACAGGAAUGCUAGAUCUAGUUGAGAUAUCAUUAAAUCAGUCUUUUAUUCAGUACAGAAGGCUUGAUGGAACAAUGUCAUUGAAUGCAAGAGAUAGAGCCGUGAAGGACUUCAACACCGAUCCAGAGGUCACUGUUAUGCUCAUGUCACUCAAAGCAGGUAAUCUUGGCUUGAAUAUGGUUGCUGCAUGCCAUGUUGUUCUUCUUGAUCUUUGGUGGAAUCCAACCACUGAAGAUCAAGCCAUUGACCGAGCACAUAGAAUUGGGCAAACUCGACCCGUGACUGUUUCUCGCAUAACAAUCAAAGAUACAAUCGAGGAUCGCAUUUUAGCUCUUCAGGAGGAAAAGAGAAAGUUGGUUUCCUCUGCUUUUGGAGAGGACAAUGCUGGCAGCCAUGCUGCUCGUCUCACUGUGGAAGAUCUUAAAUAUCUAUUUAUGAUAUAAAUUGCUUUUGCUGUGCCUGAUUAUGCGUUUUGAGCCGGAGGCUUUUUUCCUUUUGGGUUUCUGGACGCCAUGAGAGAACUGACAAAGCUUUUUAAUUUCAGCAUAUCAAAAGCCCUUCUCUUUUAUUUUUGCAGAUUUGUUUGGAAGGCUGGGAAAAAUAUUGAAUGUAUUUAUUUUUUAUUUACUUUCUGAGAGAGAGAUUUGGGGUAUGAAGCCAUAUUGUUCUUUUUUUAAGAGGUUUCAGCUCCUCUGUUAGUUAUGUAAUACAAAUUCUACAGGCUGGUUGGAUGUAGUAGUCCUGUAGAUAUGUAAAUAUUUUUCGUUUGGUAAUUCAUGGUUUUCCU